AUGAUGAUGAUGUGCCGUCUGCUGUGCGCCCUGUUGGCGCUUGCCCUGUGCUGCUGCCCGUCCAUGUGCGUGUCAGAGGAAGCUGCCGCUCAGUAUGGGCCUGAAGCCGCCCCCGUUACACCUCCCAAUUCUCCAUCAACGACGGCCGGUCAGCCAGGGCCGCCAAGUACGGGUUCCGUUUCGGAUGAGGAAAACAUUGACGGAAAAGUACCAGGGGUGACCGCUGGGGAACCGCAGUCAAAUGUGGUGCCCAAAACGUUACAGGAAGAAGGCAAGGACGGUACGACGGAAAGACAAAGUGGCACUAAUACAUCCGCAGAUAAAGCAGACCAGGAGGUCAAGGAUGCUGCCCAGACGACCACUACGACCACAACAAAGGCACCAACCACGACCACCACCACUACAACAGAGGCACCCAGCACUACGACUACGGAGGCGCCAACUACGACGACCACCCGCGCACCGUCACGUCUUCGCGAAAUGGACGGCAGCCUCAGCAGCUCUGCGUGGGUGUGUGCCCCGCUGCUGCUUGCCGCAUCCGCGCUGGCGUACACCGCUCUGGGCUGA